CUCGGGGCCGACGGGGCUGGGUCGGAGGGAGGCGGAGGAACCGGUGUCCGCCGCUGCCGCCGCCUGUUCCGUGUGACCCACGCGGACCCCGCCUCGACCAUGAUGAUCCACGGCUUCCAGAGCAGCCACGAGGACUUCUCCUUCGGGCCUUGGAAGCUGACGGCGGCCAAGACCCACAUCAUGAAGUCAGCGGAUGUGGAGAAGUUAGCCGAUGAAUUGCAUAUGCCAUCUCUCCCUGAAAUGAUGUUUGGAGACAACGUUUUAAGAAUCCAGCAUGGCUCUGGCUUUGGGAUUGAGUUCAAUGCUACAGAUGCAUUAAGAUGUGUAAACAACUACCAAGGAAUGCUUAAAGUAGCCUGUGCUGAAGAGUGGCAGGAGAGCAGGACGGAGGGUGACCACUCCAAGGAGGUUAUUAAACCAUACGAUUGGACCUAUACAACAGAUUAUAAGGGAACGUUACUUGGAGAAUCACUUAAGUUGAAGGUUGUGCCUACAACAGAUCACAUAGAUACAGAGAAAUUGAAAGCCAGAGAACAGAUUAAGUUUUUUGAAGAAGUUCUCCUAUUUGAGGAUGAACUUCAUGAUCAUGGAGUUUCAAGCCUGAGUGUAAAAGUUAGAGUAAUGCCUUCUAGCUUCUUCCUGCUGUUGCGGUUUUUCUUGAGAAUUGAUGGGGUGCUUAUCAGAAUGAACGACACAAGACUUUACCAUGAGGCCGACAAGACUUACAUGUUACGAGAAUAUACAUCACGAGAGAGCAAGAUUGCUAAUUUAAUGCAUGUUUCACCUUCGCUCUUCACGGAACCUAAUGAAAUAUCACAGUAUUUACCGAUAAAGGAGGCGGUUUGUGAGAAGCUAGUAUUUCCAGAAAGAAUUGAUCCUAACCCUGCAGACUCACAAGAAAGUACACCUGUGGAAUAGAAUGUGAUACAACAUACACUGACCGUGGAAUCUGACUGGAGACCUUGGCUUUGUGGAGGGGGUAUUUUUAUUAUGAGAAUUAAUUGCCUUGUCUAUGUGCAGUUUUUCUGUAGCCUUUAAGGAAAAAAAAUAAAAGAUUGUUGCAGGCAGUUUCCACUCAACUGCUCUUUGUACUGUCUAUCUUCACAUUCAUAUUCCAGAUUUAUAUUUUCUGGAGUUAAAAUCGGAUUUCUAAAUUAUCACAAAGUGAGACCUCACCAGUAGUGAUGUGUGUGUGUCUCAUGUGCAGUGGGCAUAAUCUUCAUCCAUCAUGAAACACUGUUUUCUACCAUGAGGAGGUUAAUUUAAAUCACUGAAUCGCAACACCUUGUGAUUUGUGUAGGAUUCCUGAUCAUGCAUGUUGAUGUACUGGCUCUUUACCUUGGGCUUUUUGAUGUUUAUUCGCAUUUCUGGAGAGUCAUGACUUGCCUCUUAGGAAAUUGAUCUCAUACUAAUGAUCUUUACCCACAAAUUAAAAAAAAAAAAUUCCCCUCCCCCCAAAUUUAAAUUGGCUUUUGAAGUUUAAAGAAUGUUUCAGACAUAGACCCAAAUAACCUAGGUUUUUGGAGCACUUAAGGUAUUAUGUCCAUGGAAACACAUGAACAUGGUUUGCCACUGACAGGUAGGAUGUCAGAGCUGUCCUUCUUCCAUCGUUAGGUGCUUUUUCUUAGGUGCAGUUCCACUUGUACUGACAUUUUUUACUUCCAUCCUCCAUGCAACCUCAGAGUGAAUAAAUCCUCUGGAUAUUGAAUUUGAUAUUGGUCCUAAAAAGUUCGAAGAGAUAAUAUGGACUGUUUUAAGCAAAUAUUACAUCCACCCCUUAAGCAAUCAGAUUAAUUUGCUGCUUGAUAUUUGAAGGGUAGCUGUGGAGGGAGAAAGCUUAUUUUAAAAUGUAAAAGCCAGUUUUUCUAUUUUAAGAUACAUGUUUUUAACAUUAUAGGAGAUCCAGUAAAAUGUAAUUAAUUAGUACAAGACCUAGGUAGUACAGAAAGUACACAAAAGUAAGUUUAAAAUCCCAUUUGGUUAUUUUGAUGAUGACCCUUUAAACAUUUUAUAUUCUUUUCUGCCUUUCUAAAUGGUCUUCAUAAACUGGAAAGUAGCUAUAGAGCACCAAGUUAGGAAUUACUUGAAAUGGGUUUUUAAAAAUAAUUUUUUACAGAGCAGGGGGGAAAAAUCACUCCUUUUUUUCUGGUUUGAAAUAACCAUUGUAUGUAUUUCCGCUUGAUGCAUAAAUCAUUAAAUAAGAUUUAAUUUGAAAGUAUUAGCAGAGCUCUUCAGGUAUUGGCCCAAAGAGAAAUUUUAGUGAAAUAAAUACAAUUGGAUAGUCAUCAUUGCUGAGACUCUGGUAUAUUGUCGUGUGUGUUUUUGUUUAGCUCAAUUUGGUCAUAAACGCCUCUGGUAUGUGUUUGCCUUCUGCUGCAUCACCUGCAAGGUGUAGGAGAUCAGGAUUUUGUCGGCUUUAAGGGAAUAUGUGGCGUGUUCACUGUAUAUUAGAUAUGCCUGUAUUUAAUGUUUUCUCUUAGGACAGAAAGGCGUAUAUAUUUCCUCAGCUUUCUGUUUUACUUUAUUGGCUAUGAGAUUUGAACAGAACAGACUCUUUAUUCAUACAAAUUAUAAGAAAUGAGAAACUUGUAAGAAUACUCAUUAGUUGAAGUUUCUGGGCAGCAUCAUAUAUAUACAUUUUUAACUUGAUUCAGGAUGUCUUAUCCCUGAGUCAGUCUUAAGUUACUUAUUUUUAGAAUCCGUUGUUAAAAAUUGUAGGGAAUUAAAAGAAUUGACCUUUUUAUAGAGGGCGGGGGAUAGAUAGGAUGCAUGUACUUCUGAAAACUUCAUUAGUUUAUUCCUGUGGAGAAUACCAAGAAAACCUGUACUUGGCCAUUGCUAAAGAAGACAUAUACCAUUUUAUAUUUAUUUGUUCCUAGUGUCUUUUUGUAAGAGGAGAAUAAACAAUAAGGAAUUACUGA